AUGCGAGUUCUUCUUCUUUUCCUGCCAUUUCUCCCAAAGUUCACUAACCCUUGCCUGCCAACUCGCUCGACGGUAAGCCGCUUUCGGAUUCUGCUCGCAAGAUACGGUGCUCACUUUCAGACGCCUAUAGUCUGUGCUUGCUCCACUGAUGAAGUGGCUCUUCUGAAUAAUAUCAACGGAGCUCCGGGCUCUGAUAACAGCAUCCAGCCGGUCGGCACAGUGUAAGUCAUCCGUCCCUACAGUAACCUACCGUACCUUCGUAUUCAGAGCUCAAACAGACUCCAAUAACUGUCCGACAAUCUACACGGUCACUUGCGAAUCGACCACCGGAGGCACCGUUUACAUGGAGUUCCAGGACUCUCUGAGUGCCGCCAUUCAAACGACAAGUCUUAAUCUGACGUGCACUGACGGAAACUGGCUGUAUUCAGAUGCCACCAACGGAGUGACGUGCGUUUGAAUCACUUUGGAAUCCAAUCUGGGAAAGCCUGCUUUCAGAUUGGUAGUUUCGGUGCAAUGUCAACAAACUUAA